AUGUCAGGCAUCGAGGCGGUUGGGCUGGUCCUCGGACUAUGGCCCGUUAUCGCAAGUCUUGUCAAAGGUUACAAGGCAGCUAAGGAUGGAGAUGACCGCGAUUUGCUUCUACGCAGGAUUGAUGUCCAGCAGAUCAUUUACGAACACUGUGUAAGACAGCUUGUUCAAGAAAAUGACCAAACUGUCGAUGAUAAUUUGACGAACACGGAAAUUAGGCAACUUGAUAUCUCAUUCUGGCAAAAGCCAUCAUUCCGAAUGAGACUGCGCAGUCGUCUCGGUACAAGAGACUUCGACUUGAUGGAGUCUGUCCUGAAGCAGAUCGAAACGACAAUGAACAGCCUACGUAGCCAACUUGAAAACGGCCAAGCUGAUCUUACAGUGACAGGCACGCGAAGGAGUCGAAUGAAGCAUCACUUUCGCCAGAUGAGAAUCAAUAUGCCGCACUCAGAAUUUCAGAAAUCCUUUGACAGACUGAAAGACCAUAACACGGAAUUGCAACAGCUCGUCCAGAUUUUCGAACAGUCCCAAAACACGCUGAAGUGGAAAUCUCCGGCUUCGAGCAGGAAGCGCCGGGCUUCGACCAUCAUGAGAUCAAAACGUGUAGCACCAAAGCAUAUAAACGAAUUCUCCCGAAUUCUCGAAAACAGCUAUAAUUGCAGCUGCAGCGGGGGACACGGUGCGGAUCUCAACAUCAAUGGGGACGCUCAGUUCCAAGUGUACUUCCAUAUCGGCGACGAAACCGAAACACCCUUCUCUGAAGCUUCCUCAGAAUCUCGACUUCCUACAAUGUCCACGGUAUCAGCAAUCAACAUCGGAAAUGAAGGCGAUUUGGAUAGAACGGGUCGAGUUAUGGCGCCUGAAAUUGUGGGCACACCUGAGCGUACGGAAUUCAGCAAAAGUCCAGGAAGCCAGGACGAUGCCAGGACAUCGUGGUCUCGAUCUCGCCACAACAGCACUAGCACUGGAUCCCACGAAAGACGCGCUACUCGUGCACUUCCAAUCAUAUUCUACCGGCCACUCUCCGAAUCUAACGACAAUGGGAGGGAAAUUUACGAUAUGUGCGAUCUAGUGAAAAGUCUAGAUAAGAACGUCGCGAACACUCGGAGAUCGUAUCAAACAGUUGGUACACUUGGCCAUGGUGGCAAACAUUUUGCAGCCCGCCCCAUAGACCCAGCAACGGCAGACAACCAUGUGAUAUCCCUCGACGAGAAGCUCCCUGAAGCCGAGGAUUGGCUGUUAUCCCGUCAACAGCGCGUCGAUAUCGCACAGAGACUCGCUCUGGCUAUUGUGCAGUUUUGGUCAACAUCUUGGAUUGACAGGUGGUGGACAUGGAGGGAUUUCUCAGUCAAGGAUGGUGAUGCCCGGGAGGUCCAACUCUUUGUGACGCGCACCAUCUUUGCACCAACUUCCGAGGCAAAGUCAACUGGGACGCCAGCAAGAAUCUGGAGGUUUCUUCGAGAGCCGCUGCUAGUUCGACUUGGGUUUGCAUUGAUCGAGUUGGCGCUGGGCAUGAGACUAUCUCGAUGGAGAGAACUGCGUAAGUAUGGCAAUACGACUGUUGAAGGACUUGGAGAAGACAGUCAGGACGAGAGGGAUUACGAUACCGCCCUAACCAUUCUAGGGCGGAAGAUAUUGCAGGAAGAGGUUAGUGUAGCAUAUCAGGCUGUGGUAGAGGCUUGCUUGAAGUGCGAAGUAGUUCGGGAAACAGUUCCAUCGAACCAAGACACGCAUUUCGAUGCUUUCCCUUCUGAAAUCUUCCUCUCGCGUGAUGGGAUUGUCGAACGAGGCAUGUGGAACCCCUGGAGUCGCCCCUUGUGGCUCCUGCGAGUCGGCAUUUUUGAAGAUCAUCAAUUCUGUCGCCAACUGAUUCGAGAGGUAAUACCAAGUCUGCCCUUCAUUGAAAUGGACCUGAGUAUUUUCGAAAACGUGGUCACGAUCGACGACGUCGCCCGUCAUCGUAUCCCGUGCAAAGUCGACGGUCUGGGCAUCGCACAAUGCUAA